UACAGGAGCAGAGCAGUCAUGUACAAUCGUUUAUAAAGUUGUUGUGAGGCAGAGACUGCUGUUCUCCAGCGCACUCACACAAACCAGCGAGGAGAGGGAGACAGAGAGCGAGAGAGGGGGAGAGAGCUAGGGAGGGAGAGAGAGAGAGAGAGUGCCAGAGCACUACGGUUAUUUCUCCCAGGCUCCGGCCAAGCCCGUGUGGUCGAUCGAGCAGGGAUGUCCUUUCAAACACUGUCGCUAAGAAAAUGGAUGGCUUGAAUGGACGCGUGAUCUGGGAUGAAUUCUCCUCAUCGCCCCCUCAUCAGCCUACUGUCUUUCAAUGUGUGACUGUGUGUGUUUACAGGAAUCACUGCGAACAACGUGACGCGUCAGCUCCAGCUCUGCACCAGCCGGGGUAAGGGAUUAUUUCAACAACGCUUUUUCCCCCUCUCCCUGGAUCAUAAAAGAACAGCAAAACAAUUACAACUGAGCAUCGACAUUAUUUAUUCAAAGCUGGAACGACCUAUUUAUUUCGCUGAUGAAGACCACUAUGCGCCGGCUAUGAAGUCUGACAAAAUAGUAAUAACAGAGAGCUGAUACAUUCACAAAGUUUAAUACUAGCGGCUGACAAAUUCCAGUGGAGCCGCAGCUGAAGAGCUGAGGAACUGGGGAUUUGACUGGCAGCUGGUACACCACUAAGGGAGGGGAGAGAGACGGCUGGGCAGUGGGGUCGACGAGCCUAGCUGGCGCUGGGUGAAUGCUGCCUGGCGAGGACAAGGGCUGAGGCGGCGGCAGCAGCAUCAACUUGAUAAGGAGCAUGGCAUCCACGGGGAUGCAGAUAUUUGGAUUUGUCCUCGCGCUGUUGGGCAUCAUGGGUGCUAUGGUUGCCACUCUGCUGCCCAACUGGAAGGUCAGCGCAGAUGUGGGCUCCAAUAUCAUCACAGCGAUUUCUCAGAUGCAGGGUCUGUGGAUGGACUGCACAUGGUACAGCACAGGCAUGUUCAGCUGCACACUUAAGUAUUCGGUGCUUUCACUACCUGCGUACUUGCAGACUGCCCGCACCACUAUGGUGCUCUGCUGCGUGAUGGCUGCCAUGGGCCUCUGCCUUGCAUCCCUGGGACUUAAAUGCACACGUUGGGGAGGUGGACGGCGCUCCAAGCGGCACGCUGCAAUUGCCAGUGGUGGCUGCUUUGUCGCUGCAGGCUUUCUGUGUCUGGUGCCUGCUUCUUGGUUUACCAACGAGGUCAUCACCAACUUCCUAGACUCCAAUGUGCCCGAGAGCAAUAAGUUUGAGCCUGGGGGUGCUGUGUACGUGGCCUUUGUUUCAGCAGGAUUCCUCUUUGUCGGGGGGUCCAUCUUCUGUAUGUCCUGCUCGGGGAAGAGGCAUGGCCCCCAGGACCUGGUCCUCCUCCCUCCCCCUGACAAACUGCUGCUCCAGCAGCAGCAGCAGCAACAGCUGCUCCAGCAGGAGCUCCAGCACCAGUACUGCUCUCUCUCCCCAUUAGACAAUAAGACCGGCUACAGCCUGCAGGACUAUGUGUAA